AUGCGUUGUUUUAUAAAGUAUAAGUGCCAUGGGGUUAGUCAUCAACAUGAGCGAUGUUUGGGUCCAUUGUAUUCAGUCUAUAUCGGUUAGGUGUUAGGUUUUCGCGAAUAUUUUGUCUUACUUGUGAAAUGAGACCGUGGCAAGAGAUUGCGUUUGUCGUGUCAAUCACUUGCACGUGCAGUUGCUCCAUAACCCCUCGUGGCCCAAAUUUAUCUUCACGGCAAAGAGGAUUUUCUACCAAUAAUUCUUUUAAAAGGGCUAGAAUAUUCCCUUUGUGACCUUAGAAAACUAAACUUCUCACACUAGUAUACCAAUAACCAUUCUUUAUUAGUGAUUGGGAAAAAAAUUAGACGUUGAUUGACACCUGUCAGAUGAAAUCACAUGUAAAGGUACUGUCACAAGAUAAUAAUGAGUGUUUUUUAAUUAGUUAUGGAACCUGCAACUUUUGAGGGCAAAAUGCUUGUUGUAAUCAAAAUCAAACAUGUAGGUUUAUGCAGUUUAAAUAAGAUAUUGCCAGAGAAAUUAUGCUUGAAAGCGAACUUGCCUCGGAAAACAGUUCACUGUUUGUGUAUUACUUGCGCUACUAGACUAUUCCAGCACAAUGUUGGAGACAAGUUAGCAAGAGAACAAACUGGGCAUAAAUCGAACGCACUGCUUUCGUAUCAAAAACCAAGCGAAAAGGAGUUAGAUGAUGUUAGCAAUGUUUUAGGGGCAGUCAUUGCUUCUACAGAAACGGAGAAUGAGCGCAGUAGUGUUAAGGAUGAAUUGCUAAAACCUACAGAACACGCAUGA